AUGGAGACCAGCGGUAUCCGGCGCUUGCGUCGCGGCAGGAGAAAUCUUUUGCUCAGCGACAACAGUGCCAAGGGCCAGACCCUCUACGAGUACCAGCUCCCUUGCGGCAAUUUUACCAAUGAUAGCAGUCGCACUCGUUCUGCGCAAGAAAGAGCUUCCGGUGCAUCAACUGGUGCCGUGAUACAACCCAUACCGCCGUUGAUGAAGGGCCGGAGUCUGGUUCGCAGAGGGGUCCGAGACAAAGCGAUCGAGUUUAACGAAGACCGGUUUAAAAAGGACGGGGAUGUCACCACCUGCUUCAGCUACGACGUUCCCCUGGUGGACAAACCCGACUUGUGGAACUAUUUUCAGGAAAGCCCAGAGCAGUGGCUGUACCUGCAGAUGCUCGUCGCGUUCCCGCAUUGGACUGCACCGAAUAGUACUUCUAAACAAGCGGGAAAAAUAUUAUCAAACGAGCAGGCCACGACAAAGCAUGACAAGGAGAUGUUGAACGAUGGAAAUAAAUCGGUAAAAACCGCGAGCAAGAGGAGCAAGAAACAGAACCCCGUCGAAACUUUGAAACCGAGAGCCAUUCCGAUCACUCCAGAAUUGCUAGAGCGAGAGUUCUUCGCGGAAACACCUCCCGCUGCUGAGAUUUUGGAGAAAAAACGGCGGUUCUACGACGCGAUCACGAACUCCCACAUGCGCGCACCAGAGACUUGUUCUGCUGACGAGCAGCUUCCGG